AGUGGUGAUCAUAAUGAAUGGGCAUAUUUCAAACACCCAUCCCAAUGUAUACGGAAAUUAUCCUUCUCAAGUAAAUGGAUAUGGAUCGCCGACCUUUUCUUCAAGGGACAAGGAUCAGAGUUCAAAGACAAGUGCAAAAGCUUUGUAUGAGCAAAGGAAGAAUUAUGCACGAGACAGCAUCAGCAGCAUUUCAGAGAUAACACAAUACCAUGUGGAGCACCUGACCACUUUUAUUCUGGAUCGGAAAGAAGCCAUGAUCACAGUUGAUGAUGGAAUAAGGAAGCUGAAACUCCUGGAUGCAAAGGGCAAGGUCUGGACACAAGAUAUGAUUCUUCAUGUGGAUGACAAAGCUGUCAGUCUAGUGGACUUAGAAUCCAAGAAUGAACUUGAGAACUUCCCCUUGAGCACCAUACAGCAUUGCCAGGCGGUGAUGAAUUCAUGCAACUACGACUCCAUCCUUGCUCUAGUGUGCAAAGAGCCAUCCCAGAGCAAAGCAGAUCUCCAUCUUUUCGAGUGUGAUGAAGUGAAGGCUAACUUUAUCCAUGAAGAUAUUGAAAGUGCCAUCAGCGAUAGCAAAGGAGGGAAACCAAAGCAGCGACUUGAGACCCUCAGGAUGAUUUCCAGAUCAGAGAGUGCCAUUCCUCCACCUCCCAGAGCGCCAGCUCCUGUCCCCCCAGGGACUGUUACACAGGUGGAUGUCCGGAGCCGGGUGGCAGCUUGGUCCGCGUGGGCAGCUGAACAGGGAGAUUGUGAGAAACCAAAGCAAUACCAAGAGCAUGAAGAAACAGCUGAAAUGAUGGCAGCCAGGAUUGACCGAGAUGUUCAAAUCCUGAAUCAUAUUCUGGAUGACAUUGAAUAUUUUGUCACCAAGCUUCAAAAAGCAGCAGAAGCUUUUUCAGAACUUUCAAAGCGGAAGAAAAGCAAGAAAAAUAAGAAGAAAGGACCAGGUGAGGGGGUCUUAACUCUCCGUGCAAAACCUCCAUCUGCAGAUGAAUUUGUGGACUGUUUGCAAAAAUUUAAGCAUGGUUUCAACCUUUUGGCAAAAUUAAAGUCACACAUCCAGAAUCCCAGUGCACCUGAACUGAUUCAUUUUCUGUUUACUCCUCUAAAUAUGGUGGUACAAACAACAGGAGGCCCCGAGCUUGCUAGCACAGUGCUCAGCCCUCUUUUGACAAAAGACACCAUUGAGUUCUUACGCUGCAUUGUCACAAGUGAGGAAGGACAACUCUGGGUAUCCCUAGGCAACGCGUGGACCAAAGCCAGAGCUGAGUGGCCCAAGGACCACUUCAUCCCACCCUACAUGCCACGAUUCAGGAAUGGCUGGGAGCCUCCCUUGCUGAGCUUCAUGGGAGCCCCAAAUGAGCAAGAACUCAACCAGUUAGCCGAGUCUGUGGCCAACGUGGCGGAACAGCAGAGGAAGCAAGAGAUGAAAAGAUUGUCAACAGAGCAUUCCAGCAUCUCAGAUUAUCCUCCAUCUGAAGGGUAUGCAUUCAGUAACACAGCUUACAAAAGAGGGCCUCUGCCGGACCAGGGGGCAGCGGUGGCUGCUUUUAAGCAAAGUGUUAGCCGACAUGUAGAUAGAAAUUAUGAAGCGCAUAAAACCUCGAUCAAGAAAUACGCCAAAACCAAAUAUGACUUUGUGGGAAGAAACCAGAGCGAGCUGUCAGUUCUGAAGGAUGACAUUUUGGAGAUUCUUGAUGACAGAAAGCAAUGGUGGAAAGUCCAGAAUGCAAAUGGAUUGACUGGAUUUGUGCCAAAUAACAUCUUGGAACCUCUCAGAGCUCCUGAAGGUGUCUCUACAGAGCCAGCUUAUGCACACACCAUACAGAAACAGAGGACGGAGUUUUCUCCAAAGCAACCAGAUCCCACGCCGGCUGCUCCUUCACCACCCCAGAUGCCGCUUCCGGUCCCUCUCCCUCCCUGCGUCCCGGCUCCUGUCCCCGUUCCAGUGCCAAAGGUCCCGGGGGCCAUCAGCCGCCAGAGCAGCACAUCAAGCGAUGGUGGCCGAGAUGCCCAGAGGCAAAAACUGCCACCUGUUGACCGAAGGAAAUCUCAAAUGGAGGAAGUUCAAGAUGAACUCAUUCACCGCCUUACCAUCGGUCGGAGUGCUGCCCAAAAGAAGUUCCAAGUGCCACGCUCCAGUGCCCCCGUAGUCAAUAUCAACUACGAAUCUUCUCCAGAAGACAUUAAAGUUUGGCUUCAGGCCAAAGGAUUCAACUCAGUGACCGUGAACAGCCUUGGAGUUUUGACUGGUGCACAACUGUUUUCCCUCAACAAAGAUGAACUUAAAUCUGUGUGUCCAGAAGGCGCUCGAGUCUACAGCCAAAUUACUGUUCAGAAGGCGGCACUAGAGAAUUCCAGUGGAAGUUCAGAACUGCAAGAGAUCAUGAAAAGACGGAAAGAGAAACUUAACGCGGCUGCCACAGAUUCAGGAGUCGAAUCUUUCGAUGAGAGCAGUGGUCACUAAUAGACUCGCCUGCAAAUGUUUUGUGGUUAUUGUCAAGGGGGGGGGAAACCCGUUGUUCUUGGCAUUGUUCCAUCAUGCUUUGUUUUAGGAAGCCAUGAGGGGGAAAUGUCGGGGGAUUGUCUCUAUUUAUGUAGCUGGGAUAUCAUGCCAUUAAGGGAGCAUGCAGUUGGGAGCCAAGAGGAAGAAUGCAAUUGCCGAUUUGCCUCUCCCUUGACAGAAAAAAAAAAUAUAGAGAAGGAUAUUCCCUGGAGGAGUUCCUUAACCAGGCCUCCUGAGAGAAUUUCAUGCUUUGCUCAUCUUUUUUCCACAGCCUAGCAAAGUCACAUUGCAAUAUUUUGAGUUGCCCUCAGACUGAGCCAUCUGACGAAAUGUGUUGAAAUCUGCAGUCCAACAGAAAGUCCAAAACAGCAUGAUCCAGCCAGCGUUGAUUCAUUCCUUUGUCCAGGCCCCGUUGAUUUCAACAGAAAAGUGAAAUCAAUACUUACAUUUCUGCCAUUGAAAUCAAGAGGACCUCAAAGGAUUUCAUUGUGGCACAACGUUCCUUUUAUUCAUGCCAUCCAUGCGGUUUGCCACAAUUAUGGACCGCGGCUUUUCUCAUCCACCAGCACUUAAGAUUUCCACGUUUAUUUAGAAGCUCCCAGAUGAAUGAUAUAUUUUUAAUUAUAUUGUCAGUGACCACACUGAUCUUACAAGCACAGAUUAAACUCUUCUAACGGCAUCCUGUCAUGAUUUCUUAAUGGAAGUGUACAUAGCAAUGUAAUUUAUUCUGCAUUUCAAUUAUUUGUCUGUUUGCCUUGGGGGGGGGAGGGAUAAGUAUGAAUCAAUGAAAACACUAAUACAAUAAACAAUAGCACAAAUUUUAAAAAGCAGGGGCAUUUAGAUCUUAUUUUGAUAUCCACGUGGUAGUUCACAGUAUUAUUUCUUAAUAGUAUUGCAUUUUUUUUCAUUUAAAAAAAAAUCUUUAACUUCACCAAGCGAAAAGGAAAGGGGAAAAAGGGGGAGGGGGGAAAGUGUUUAUAAAUGUUUUUAAAAAUGCUACAAAAUUACAUCUUGAUUUCCAAUUUAAAUCGUUUUAAAAAAUAUAGCCAAAAUAUUCCAGUAAACACAUGAAUAUAUUUUUUUUCUGUGCAAAAACGUUCUGUUCUGUCACAUGGCACGUCAAGACAAAAUAAGAGGAAAAAUGUGUCCUUUGACCAACCUAGAUGAGAUGUAUUGAUUUUCAUGGUGCCUUUUUUAUGACUCCUCAAAGUCUGCAAUAAACACUGAUGUACGU